AUGGCUUCGAACGCCGCAGGGAGCCAACGCAAGUCCACUUGGUUCGUCAAAGUCAUCAACAGAGUGGUGCACGGUCUGGAGCGUGUGCUUGCGUAUCUGGACGAUGUCAUCUAUUUCGAUGAGGAACCUCUGGGGCACGUGCUCAACAGGAUAGGGUUCUUCAAACGGCUGCGACAGUACAACCUCAACCUGUCUCCGGGGAAGGCUCGCGUCGUCGCCACACACGCCAACUUCCUCGGUCACACCAUCUUUCCGGCCGGUCAACUUCGGAGCCUUCUUGGUGGACUCAGUUACUACCGGAUACUCGCCAAGAAUCUCGCCACCAAGGUGCGGCCUCUGAACUCUCUUCUCAAACAAGGCGUUCCCUUCAAGUGCACCCCGGGCAUUGUCGAGGAUGUCAAAACCUUGUUAAGCGAACUCGCUCGUCCCCCGAUUUUGGUCUUCCCGGAUUGGGCAGCGGUCGAGGACGACAGCCGUCCUCUCCGUUUGUGCUCCGACGAGUGUAUCAACGGCUCUGGCGCCUACUUGGAACAAGAACAAUACGAUGGCUCGGUGAGACCCAUUGUGUACAUCAGCCGCGCUACUCUUCCUGCGGAGCGUAACUGGACCGUUCUGGAUCUGGAGGCUGGUGGCAUUGUUUGGGGCAUCAAACGCCUUCGCGGAAAUCUGUGGUCGACCAAGUCCAUCAUCUAUUCGGACCACAAGGCCUUGGAGAGCAUUGGCAAGGUUGGGGAACACACCGCUAGGGUGCAACGAUGA